UUUAAUGGUGGUGUUGAGGUGUCGAGGUCUCUCUCUCUGUCUUUGAACAUCACCACUAGCUUCUCUCCUCCGAUUCCUCUCUCUCCUCUCUCUUGUUUGCCGGUAUUUUGGCUUCUCUCUGGGGAUCACUUUUCAUCUUUUAGCUUUGGACUGCUGGUGUCUAUUCUAAAUUCAGGUUGUCCCUAUGAGUCAGUUCUAUUCUUGCUUGUUGCUGUAUGAUUAGGUAAUGAAGAGUUUGCACGAGGGAACUUUAAAUCCCAAGCAUUGUUGUAAAACUGAUUCUAGUUCUCCCAUUAGAGUUUUGGGGUCUGAUUGUUCGGAACCAGGAUCCAGCGACACUAAGAACUCCAAGACUUCCUUAUGGUCAGGUUUUUUUCUCUCUCCUUUCUCAAUCUUCGAAACACACAGUGAGUCGAAAGGUUGUGGAAAGAAGGGAUUCAGUGGUAGAAGUAAUGGUUGGACACAAGCUGUGAAAAGAGUUAUGAAUGGUGGCUCAAUGAGGAGAUUACAAGAGCGUCUACUUGGGAACAAGACCGGCAUUUCUAGUUCAACAAGUGACAUAUGGCUUCUUGGUGUGUGCUAUAAGAUUUCUCAGGAAGGUUCGUCUAGUAGUGAUCCAGCUAGUUGUGAUGGAGAAGCCGCAUUUGUUGAGGAUUUCUCUUCACGAAUUUUGUUGACGUAUCGUAAAGGCUUUGAUGCUAUUGGAAAUUCGAAGUACACCAGUGAUGUAAAUUGGGGUUGCAUGCUUCGGAGCAGUCAAAUGCUUGUUGCUCAGGCAUUAAUAGUUCAUCAAUUAGGGAGAUCCUGGAGAAAAUCUUCUCAUAAGCCACUUGAUAAAGAAUACAUGGAGAUAUUGCACCUUUUUGGUGAUUCUGAGGCAUCGGCUUUCUCUAUUCACAAUCUUCUUCAAGCUGGAAAUGGUUAUGACCUUGCUGCUGGAUCAUGGGUCGGCCCAUAUGCCAUGUGUCGCACCUGGGAGAGUCUAGCCCGCUGUGAGAGAGAGGCAAUGGAACUUGAACACCAGUCCUUCCCAAUGGCUAUCUAUGUUGUUUCUGGCGAUGAAGAUGGGGAGAGAGGUGGAGCUCCAGUUGUUUGUAUCGAAGAUGCUUCCAAACUAUGUUUUGAGUUUUCAAAAGGCCAGGCUAAUUGGACCCCUAUUCUUUUGUUGGUUCCCUUGGUACUUGGCCUUGACAAAGUCAACCCCAGGUACAUUCCUUUGUUGGGCACAACAUUCACCUUUCCCCAGAGCCUUGGUAUCCUCGGCGGUAGAUCUGGUGCUUCAACUUAUAUUGUUGGCGUGCAGGAUGAAGAGGCAUUCUAUCUGGAUCCACAUGAGGUUCAGCUGGUAGUCGAUGUCAAGGGAGAUAAUCUGGAGGCUGAUACUUCUUCUUAUCACAGCAACAUUUUGCGGCGUGUCCCCCUUGAUUCCAUCGAUCCAUCUUUGGCAAUUGGGUUUUACUGCAAAGACAAAGAUGAUUUUGAUGAAUUUUGCAACCGGGCUUCAAAGCUAGCUGAUCUGUCAAAGGGUGCUCCCUUAUUUACCGUCACUCAAGGCCGCAACAUUUCAAAGGCUUCCGGUAACUAUGAGAUGUCAAGCGAUGGUGGUCAGAUUCAACAGGACGGGUGCUCUGAUGUGAUGCCCGGGCAUGACGCCGAGGAUUGCACACAAGAAGAUGAUUGGCAGUUUCUUUGAUUGAAGUACUUAAAAUUGUGGCCUGUGGCUUUUCAAGGUUGCAAUUUGGGGUUGGAACACUUGCACGUGAUCCCAUUGGCAAAAUCACAAUGUCAAUUUAGUUCACAUUUAUAUUCAUUAAUUUGUACACGUGUUAGAGUUGUUCAUGUCAAUAGGUUUCUUUUUAACACACACAACCCCCAGCCCCCCCCCCCCCCCUCUUUCAGUUUCAAGGUAAUACCUAUGAUGAUGUACCGCAGUUGUUGUAAGGUAGUGCAGCCAUUCAACCUUCACCUUGUGUGCAAUUUGAAUGCUGAUUUUUUGGGCAGUUUUACGCCUUUUUGUCUCUC